AUGUUGGAGGACUAUGCUGAUAUUUUGGGUAUUCAGAUCAGGGAUCAGGUUCCUUUCCGUGCUACUAAGGAAGAACCUGAUAUUGGUGGGAUUUCUCGUGCUUUCUAUCUGAGUCCAGAGGUAGUGAAGGGUAAUUUGAAAGAAAAGGGGAAGUUGCCUGGUUUUCAUCUGAGUUUCCUGGAGGCUAUGGCUAAGGAGCAGUCAGAGAUGGGGAAUUGGGAAGCUGUCUGUGCUUUGGUUGCUGCGAGCAUUUAUGGGAUCAUUCUGAAUCCUAUCCCUACAUUGAUCGGAGAUGUAUAUUAUUCGGUUCAUAACCGGAAUGAGAAGAGGCGUGGGGGAUUGAUUCGAUGCUGUGCGCAGUUAUUAGUCAAGUGGUUUAUGGGUUACUUACCAUCCAAGGGCGCUUUUGUUCUUCUGGGCCAGAAUGUUAAUUGGGCGACCAAACUGAUGGGUUUGAGGGCUAAGGACAUAGAUUGGACUCACAGUAGCGGAGUUGGACAGGAUUUUAUCUGCAGUUGCAGGGGUUUUCCUAAUGUGCCGCUUAUAGGGAUGGGAUUCGCUAUGGAGCUUCCACCGUACAAGAGUGAGGUUCAGGAAUCUGUGUACUUCCCAGUUGAGGGUAAUCAGGAUAAGGUGAAGCAGGAAACUCCUUCUACUGUUAGUAUGGAUGAGUUCUUGGAGAUAAAGCGGGAGAGAGAUCAGCUGCUUACAGAGAAGACAGAACUGGAGAUGAGUGUUGCUCGGGUUCAGAGAGUUAAUCAGGAGCUCAAAGCGAAGAUGGAAGAUCAGGACAAGCGACAUGCUUUGGAAGCCAAACGCUUUGAGAUGGAUACAGCCUAUUAUGGGAAGAUCAGUCAGGCCUUAGCAUCGUCCAACCGGGAGCACGACCUUACAAAGGAGAAGCUGUUCAGAGCAUCCAAGGUGAUUGAGGAUGAGAAGAGGAGGCAAAUCAUUGUCAGGGAUCAGAGAGAAGACAGAGUCAGAGGUCUCAUUGCUGAAUGGGAGGCAAAGCUGCAGGUCAAGGAAUCAGAGAAGCUGAAGAUCAUCGCCGAGAGAGAUCACUACAUGGAAUCAUUGCUCGUGCUCGCCGAGUCGUACCUCUGCACUCAACUCGCCCUCACCGAUAUUAUACCAGAAGAAACACUCCCAGACUCAUGGAGCUUCCAAAUGCUGACAUUCUCGAGCUAA